AUGGCUUUCAAGACUCUCCUGUUAGGCCUGGCCGCCGCACAAGCCGUCACUGCGCACUUCAGUGUUGUGUAUCCCGAGUGGCGAGCCGAUACCCUCGCUGAGAAAAACAUGGACAAGUACAGCCAAUGGGAUUAUCCUUGCGGCGGAGUUCCCUACAAAGCCGGCAACAUCACCAACUGGCCCCUUGAAGGAGGCUCCAUCGAGCUCGAACUUCAUCACCCCUGGACAUACCUCUUCAUCAACCUCGGCCUGGGCGCAAACACCACAAACUUCAACAUCUCCCUCACCCCUGACCUCCUCAACGUCACCGGCAAGGGCACUCUCUGCAUCGACAAGCUGCCCGUGACCCUUGACGAUAUCGCCAACGGAACUCUGGCGUCUAUUCAGGUGGUCACGAGUGGUGAUUCUGGCAGCGCCUUGUAUAACUGCGCCGAUAUUCGAUUCACCACUAAUGCUGGGGGCCUGAGCAACUGCUCGACUUCGGACGGCAUGGUUGUGCACACAAUCAAGGAGCAGCAGGAAAAUGGUACUUCCCAGGAUGGCGCCACUGAUACAGAGGACAAGAAGAAUGCUGCUGGCCUUUUGGGUACCGACAAGACUGUUCUGACAACAGUUGUUGGCCUGGCGGUUGCAUUCUCUCUGGGGCUGGGCAUCUAG